AUGCUCCAACUCGCUGUAAAGACGGUGACCAACAAUACUUCAAAUGUAGGAAAUACGGUGACUCCCGUUCUGCAGAAAGCGACCAACAACGCAGCCAACACGCUGCAGACGGCGACCAACAACACGUACAACGUGGCAAAUACUGCGACUCCUAUUCUGAAGAGAGCGACGAACAAUGCUGCCAACUCGCUGCUAAAGACGGUGACCAACAAUACUUCAAAUGUAGGAAAUACGGUGACUCCCGCUCUGAAGAAAAUGACCAACAAAGCUGCCAACACGGUGACCACAGUGGCCAACAACACGUACAACGUGGCAAAUACUGCGACUCCCGUUCUGAAGAGAGCAACCAACAACGCUGGCGACACGCUGACGAGGGUGAUCAAAAACACGUCCAACGUCGCGAAUACUGCGAAUCCUGUUCUGAAAAAAGUGACCAACAACACCGGCCACACGCUGAAAGUGGUGACCAACAACACGUCCAACGUAGCGAACACUGUGCGUCCCGUUCUGAAGAACGUGGCCAGCAAAACGUCCAAUGUGGCCAAUACUGCGACUCACGUUCUGAAGAAAGCGACUAACAACGCUGAUAACACACUGAAGCCGAUGACUUACACCACGUCCAACGUAGCGAACACUGCGACUCCUGUUCUGAACAAAGUGACCAGCAACGCUGCUAACACGCUGAACACGGUUCCAAAACACACGUCAAACGUAGUGAAUACUGCGACUCCUGUUCUGAAGAAGGUGGCUAACACCGUCGACCCUAUCGUCAAUACGGUAUCUGACAACAUGUCGAGCGUAGCAAACACUGCGACUCCUGAUUCAAAGACGGGGAUCAAGACUGCGGAAUUCAUUGCGGAGACAGCACACAAUACGUUGAAUGUCCCUAAGACGAUGCCGUCUGUUGUGACGACGCCGAUCAGCGCAGCAAAAAACGCAGCUGUCCAGAGUGAAGACAGCAUGGCACCGUCAGAUUCAAAACCUGAGACUACUACUGGCGCAAAGGAUUUAGACUCCAGUCAAUCGACCUCCAAGACACAGAGCACAUUUACCAGUGACAAACCUGAAGGUGACAAGCUUGAAAGUGACGAAUCUGAAAAGGACGAACCUCAAAAGGAUGAACCUGAAGAGGACGAACAUCAAAAGGAUGAGCCUGAAAAGGAUGAGCCUGAAAAGGAUGAGCCUGAAAGGAAGAAUAAAAGGACGAACCUGAAGGUGAAGAAUAUGAAAAGGACGCAAUUGACACCUUCGACCACGACAUCUUUGACGACAACGACUACCACGAGUAAGAAAGGUUCUCUUUCUUUUGUACCCACUAUACUCGACACGAAAUCUGAUCGUAACUCGGACAAAAUCAAACGGGUUUCUACGCCGUCUUCAGCUCCAGAUUCGACACCAAUGAAAACCUCUGACUUGCGUGGCAUUUCAACACCAGAUUCCAAGAAGAAAUCAACAUUGAAACAGCAAAUCCCAGUGGUUCCUGUGGUCGCACCAAUUCAAACACCUCCAGCAGUUUCAACUGCACCACGUGAUGCAACAAAUGAUCACAACAAUAUGGAAACUGUCGAGGCCCAAGCAAAACGUGCUGAAUUUGUAUCAGGUGACAAUGGCACAGGUACAUCGGUCUUUUUUGCAGCAGCUGGUGGUUUAGGCUGCGUUGCAAUCAUUGCGAUUGUUGUAUAUGUGAAAAAACCACUGCACGAGACUAAGACGAUGCGAAAUCAAGACACGGAUGGGAUGGCAGGAACUACAACAAUGGGAGCUCGUGGAUCGGAAGAGAGUGUGUAUAAUGAUCCAUUAGAAACACGUUAUUCAAGUAUUGUCAUGAUCACACCGAAUGGAGAAGGAGUGUGCAUUUUAUAG